AUGCCACUGCAGGCCCUACCAACCGAGGUCGUUUGCAUGAUAUUCCGCUUCGUCGGAGCCCAACAACUCCUGAAAAACAUACUUGUUUGCAAAUGGUGGUAUAAUAUUGCAGAACCGAUUGCACUGGAGGAUAUCGUACUAUCUGCCGAUGCGCUGAUCAAACUACCCAAGGAAGCACACGACAGACUUACAAGUUAUGUGCAGAGCUUCACGCUCGAUUUAUAUGCAGCACGAGAUGAAUUUGCGAAACAGAGUAAUAAAAACUCGCCAGGACAAACAAUAACGAGUAUAGAAUGGAGCGAAGCAUUGGUCGACCAGCUGGAAAAUGUCACGGAGCUACUACCUCGAUGCAAUCGCCUAAAAUCCUUUUCUCUACGCCUUAAAACACAAUUUGAUCCCUCAAACCCGUUGAUACCCCGUGAUGAUUACCUUUCGUUAUGGUCACCAACUAAACUUGUAGACGUGUUCCAAGCCACCAACUUAUUGCACCUCGUGAUUGAUACUUGCGGCUCGGAGAUAAAAGGCCAUAUUUGUCCUGGAAUUGCUCUUAGCAUACCUUCGUUACGAUCUGUACGUUUGCGAAUGCAAAGAAUUUGUCCCAGGAUUUUGACUUUCCGGGCUGCCGUUACUCAAGAUGGCCAUUCAAACACAUUGCCACUGUCAAAAGCAGAACAGCAGGACCCUAUCCCUCUCGCAAAGAUCGAGAGUAUUAUUAUCAACACCAGCCUCAAAGAGUCCGACCAAUUUAGUUGGGGGUAUAGUCAACAUUGCACAGAGUCCAAACGAGGAUGGGACCUAUUUGAUGAUAUGGUAACCGCCGCCACUGAGAUAGCAAAGCAAUUUCCAACACUCAAAGUUAUGCGGAUAUUGUGCCACAAACACCCGUGGCUCGAAAUGAUUACGUAUGAUUGUAUUUCUGGGUCAAAAAUGCUUAUUUCUGAGGAUGUAGGUUGGGAUUGGGGUGACGAUGGAUGUGCGGACCCUGAUGAUGAAGAGAUUUCUAACCAGGGAUUUUCGUCUACCGACAGUGAAAGUAGCGAGGACUGA